GUUGGAUUAUCCGCAAAAGACGCCCAAUUUGAUCAUAGAUUUGCUAGCCUGUUUGUGCACAGUUGCGGAGUCUGUAGAUGGCACAUGGUCAAUCUCCGCAUUAUAGUUCAUGGUUUUAGGCGUUCACUUGCUUCCAUGCGUGUUCUGAAUGUAGCUGAAAAGAACGAGGCAGCGAAAAAUAUAGCUGUCAUUCUUGGAAGGGGUCGGGCUACUCGCCGAGAAGGCCUUUCAAAAUUUAACAAGAUUUACGAAUUUCCAAUGACACUGAAUGGUACUAACUGCUCAUUUAUUAUGACAUCUGUUUCUGGUCAUCUUCUCAAUUAUGAAUUUUCUCAGUGUUUUCGGUCAUGGGAGUCGUGCAAUCCUCUCACACUUUUUGAUGCCCCUGUUGAAAAGAAGGUCACUCUCGAAUUUGAACCUAUAAGAAAAACUCUAGAAAGAGAAGUUCGAAGUUGUACACACCUGCUCAUUUGGACAGAUUGUGAUAGAGAAGGAGAGAAUAUUGGCAUGGAGGUUGUAGAUGUGUGUCGUCGGGUUAAAGCGUCAAUUCAAAUAUUCCGAGCCCGCUUCUCGGAAAUAACCCCAUCGGCAAUAAAUCGAGCAGUCAAUAAUUUGACAACCAUCGAUGAGCGUGUCAGUCAGGCAGUUGAUGCUCGACAGGAGCUCGAUCUUCGCAUUGGCGCUGCCUUCACUAGGUUUCAAACCCUUCGGCUCAGACGCGUCUUUCCCCGUGCUUUGGCCGAUCAGUUAAUAUCAUAUGGAUCUUGUCAAUUUCCCACCCUUGGUUUCAUUGUGGAGCGAUUUCGAGAGGUGGAAAACUUCGUUCCCGAGCCUUUCUGGAAGAUAUCUGUUGAGGUUAUUCGAGAAAAUGGAGAAGCUUGCGCUGUUUUCCAGUGGAAAAGAGGUCGUCUUUUCGACAUGGCUUGCUGUACAGCAUAUUAUGAACAUUUAUUAGAGAACUCGAUGGGUCGAAUCAUUCACGUUCAACAGAAGCCCAAAAGUAAAUGGCGCCCUUUGCCAAUGGACACUGUUGAAAUGGAGAAGCUGGCGUCUCGGAAACUUCGAUUAGGGGUUAAGGAGACUAUGCAUUUGGCGGAGUCAUUAUAUACCAAGGGCUAUAUUUCCUACCCCAGAACAGAAACAAAUUCUUUCCCCCCAGAUUUGAAACUCCGAUCUCUUGUUGAGACCCAACUUCAAGAUUCCAGAUGGUCAGAUUUCGCCCAGAGGCUCCUAAGCAACGGUCCUCGACCUCGAAAUGGCAAGAAAUCCGAUCAUGCCCAUCCUCCAAUUCAUCCCUUGAAAGCGGGGAAUACUCUACAGGGCAAUGAAGCACGUCUCUAUGAGCUAAUUACCCGUCACUUCCUUGCAUGCCUUUCUGAAGACGCCAAGGGUGCUGAAACAACAGCCCGUUUUCUUCUGGGAGCUGCUGACAACAUAUCAGCAUCGCAUCUCUCAUCCGACGAGGGGGAGGUUUUUGAAGCCAAAGGUCUGGUGAUUCAUCAAAGAAACUAUCUGGAAAUUUAUCCUUAUGAGUCAUGGAGUGAAAAAUACAUGCCUGUGUUCCAACUGGGUGAGAUACUAAAGCCAGAUAAGAUUGAGAUGAUCGAGGGUCGAACCACAGCCCCUAGCCUCCUUACUGAAGCUGACUUGAUCGCCUUGAUGGACAAGUAUGGCAUCGGCACAGAUGCCACACAUGCCGAGCACAUCGAGACAAUCAAGAAACGUCUCUACGUUGGUUUGCAGGAUUCUAAAUUCCUUGUUCCUAGUCAAUUGGGAAUGGGUUUGGUUGAGGGUUAUGAUUCCAUGGAUUUGGCUGUCGCAAAGCCCUCUCUUAGAGCCGAAUUGGAGAUCGAUUUGAAGGCAAUAUGCGAAGGCAGAAAAACAAAAGAGGGUACGUUUCUGCAUAGUUUUCUUUAUCCUGCUUUUCUAGAGGUCCUACAGUCUCAAUUAUCCAAGUAUAAGUCCGCAUUUGAGAUGGUUGUUAGAAAGGCCCGGAAAUUGGAUAUUGCCAUAGGGAAACACCUUUCACAGGAUGUCGAAAAUAUUCCUGAUUUUACUGAAGAUUUCUCACAUCGGGGUCUAGGAGCUGGCAGCUAUCAGAAGCUCCUUUGUUGCCCUUCGUGUGGUAAAGAUGUGAUUAUUCGUCAAAAGUCAUCACAAGAUUCAAAUACGACCACCGGAAGCACUUUGUCGAAUCGAAUGCGGUGGUUCUUCUCUUGUUCGGGUUUCCCCGACUGCAAGUAUGCUAUUUGGUUGCCUGAUUCGGUCACCGCUUCUCGGGUUAUUGAACCUUCCGAACAAGGAGCUUCAACAAGCCUAUCGGCAGUCUCCUGCAAACCUGAUUGUCCCACAGAAGGAAAACUAGUUGCACUCAAGUUUAGAUUAGGAACAAUAUUACCAAAUGGAUACAUGCAGGAGGAUCCUGACAUGGAAUAUGUCACAUGCUUAUUUUGCGACGAAGAGUUUCGAAUGGCUUUUGGUGUUCGAAUAGCUACAUUUGUGGAUGGCAGUGGACCUUCAAGCACUGCUGGUCGACAGCCUCGAUCUGUUUCACAGAGAUGUUCUGCACCUCGCCAACCUAAUCCGUUCCAACAAUCUCAAAAUCGAAAUUUUUCCACCUUUGCAACGUCCACUCAGCAUCCUAACAUCCUAGUCUCGCAGCAACCCCCGCGCCCGUUCUUUAACGUUCCUUCGUCGUCCACAUCUUUCGGUGGAGUUAAUAGCAGCUCUCGGGAAAACGAUGAUAGUAAUCCUAUAGUGUGUAGCUGUGGCAUCCCAGCACGUCUUCUAACUGUUCGAAAAGACGGUCCAAAUCAAGGUAAAAAGUUUUACAAGUGUGGUGAUACUUCCGACGUGUGCAAAUUCUUCCUUUGGCAAGAUUCUUCUCCUGGGAGCUUCACCUCGAAUGCCAUUACCGUCAGCGCUGAUUCAGGACUUGGCUCAAAUAGUGGGGAAGUAGUGUGUACCUGUGGAUUGCCUGCUGUCAGACGGACGGUUAAUCAGGCUACUUCAAAUCGUGGGCGGCAGUUUUACGUUUGUCCAAACAGUGCUCCUGGCAGUUCUGAUGGAUGUCGAUUUUUCCAGUGGGCAGAUAAUACCGCUUCCAACUCUUCUAUUGGUGCUUCGUUUCCCAGACAGAGGGGUUCAAGGGGUGGCAGGUCAUUUAGAGGUGGUUUUCAAUCAAACUCAUCCUCAAUCACAGCCUUUGGAGAUGGAAUUGGUGUUGACUGGCCACCCCCAAACCCUGUUGGGAGAGGUGGGUCUAGAAGUCGUGGUGGUGGUGGUAGUGUCCGAAAAUGUAGCAUCUGCCAACUACCUGGGCAUACGAGAAAUAGAUGCCCAUCAGCACUUUAA